GCUUUACAUUCUCUCACACACACCAUGACUACUCCUAAAACAUCAGUGACUCCAAGUACUUUAACUCUCGAUAUGAACGAUUCGCGUACCUUGACACAAAGACGUGGCACACUCAAGGGUAAACUCACGUUGUUCGCUAAAUAUGUCGCUACGCUUAAUCAGGCUAAUUUAACGAAUAUCCAAAAAGUUGAGUUACAAUUACGCAUAAAUAAUGCCGCGAGCUAUUAUCAAGAUUUCGAUGUCGUUCAAACUAGAAUCGAGGAGUUAGCAGAUCCGAGUGACCUUCCUAAGCAUUUAGAUUACCGCGAAGAGUUCGAGGGGCAAUAUUAUCAGACAGUGGCCGCAGCGUCCGAAUUAGCUGACGUUGGCAACAGUCUCGUUGUUGCUAACGGCAGCGCCGCUGCCCCUGCCAGCACAGAUUCCGUGGGUUAUAAGGUUAAAUUACCUACAAUAUCACUCCCCACCUUCGACGGUUCGUACGAGCAUUGGUUAGGGUUUAGGGACACGUAUACUUCUCUGAUACACGAUUCUAAGGACCUGGGUGCCAUACAAAAGUUCCAUUACCUGCGCGCAGCCUUAACCGGCACCGCUUUGCAAGUAAUAAAGUCCUUGGAAUUUUCAGCAGAGAACUAUACGACCGCGUGGGAGCUUCUCGAAAACCGUUUCAAUAAUCAUAGGUUACUAACACACAAUUACGUAAAGUCACUUUUUAACACGCAAUCAUUAAAUAAGGAAUCUGCUACACAGAUUAGAAGGCUGAUUGACUCUGUGCUACGUUCCCUUCGUGCCCUAAAGACCCUAGGAGAACCUACGGAUUCCUGGGACACGUUAGUCAUUUAUUUAAUUGUCACGAAACUAGACGCAUCUACGGAACGCGAGUGGGAGGAGCACAAGGGCUCAAUCAACUUUAAUCGGCAAGAUUCUACCUCUCACAUUAAGCUAACUGAUUUGAUUACUUUUUUACAAAAUCGUGCAGAUAUGUUGGAAUCUAUUUCGGCUAAUCAUUCCAAAAAUACGCACUCAAAUUCGCAUGACACUAAAAAGCCAUCAAAUCAGUCACAAUCACACAAUUUAAACGCAACGCAUAGCUAUGCUUCUAGCUCCACAGUUUCACAGUCACACAUAAACAAAUCCAGUUCCAAACGCACUUCGCCUCGCAUUUGUCAAAUGUGCAGCGCUAAUCAUCCGCUUUAUUCGUGUAAUAGUUUCCUUGAUUUAACUGUUCCCGACAAAGUUAAAUUGAUUGAAGAUAAGAAACUAUGUCACAAUUGUCUUCGCGCUGGUCACACAGUUGACAACUGCUUUUUUGGCCCGUGUAGGAUCUGCCAGAAAAAACAUAAUAGCUUGAUACAUAGCUUGAGUAGUGACAGUGACGGUGCAUCAGCUUCGGCUGGCAAUGUAAACAACAAGCCACCGACAAGCGCUGUCCCCGCCACCUCGACUCAUCACACUCUUACACUUAAUUCGCACACACUCUCACCGCCGUUAAAACCGGUAUUAUUAUGUACUGCAAUAGCAGUAGUUGCCGAUAGCAACAAUAAAUUACAUAGGGCUAGAGUUUUUCUUGAUAAUGGCUCAGAACACAGUUAUGUCGCACAAUCUUUUAUAGAUAAAUUAAAAACGCCUUUAGUACAGUCCACUUACAAUAUUUCAGGGUUAAGUAAAUUAAUCACGCAAACCACACACUCGUGUCAACUUAACCUACAGUCUAUUACAGGUGACUACCAUGCACGCAUCAAUUGCAUGGUACUCCCUGUCUUAACGGAACCGCUGCCGACAGCAGCAAUAAGCGCGCAUUCCAUUUGCAUUCCAGAUAAUAUUCAACUCGCGGACCCUAAUUAUUUCAAAUCGUCAGAUAUUGAUAUAUUGUUAGGCGGUGAUUAUUUCUGGGGCUUGUUAAAUAAGGAUCGUAUUCCUCUCGCAGAAGGGCCUUAUUUACAAGAUACUAAACUUGGUUGGAUCGUCGUGGGUCCGAUUAAUAAUAAACGCAUUAAAUUAAAUAAAACUACUUGUCAUUUCACGCAAACUUUAGACGCACAAUUAAAACAGUUUUGGGAGCUCGAGGAGGUUCCUAAGAUAGGAGACGGACUGACUGACGACGAACGCGCCUGUGAACAGCUGUUCGCUUCGACUACGCAACGCGAUAAAGAUGGUCGUUUUUUGGUACGUUUACCCUUAAAGGAAUCUGCUGAUGCGCUCGGCGAUACCUACGAUAUAGCUAGGAGUAGGUUCUUAUCUUUAGAACGCAAACUCGAGCGUCUCCCGGAGCACAAAAAAAUGUACUGCGAUUUUAUGCGCGAAUACAUUGAGCUAGGGCACAUGUCACUUAUACACACAUACACAAAGCCUUAUUGCUUUCUUGUACACCACUCUGUGUUAAAGGAUAGUCUCACUACACGCUUAAGGGUUGUUUUUAAUGGGUCAAUGCCCACUAGUUCUGGGAAAUCCCUGAACGAUUUGCAAUUAGUCGGGCCGACCAUACAAAACGAUAUUUUUUCUAUAUUGUUACGUUUUCGCGAGCAUAGAUACGUUGCCUGCGCAGACGUAGCAAAAAUGUACAGGCAAAUCCUUAUUCAACCAGACCAACGGAACCUUCAACUAAUUUUGUGGCGAGAGAACCCUUCGGAGCCGCUAAAUAUUUACCAACUUAACACGGUAACUUUUGGUACUUCUUCUGGGGCCUUUCUGGCCAUCCGCUGUCUCAAUCAGCUGGCAAAAGAAUGUGCUGACGAAGCGGUCUCUCGCACUAUACUAGAAGACUGCUACGUAGAUGACCUAAUUACAGGAAAUAAUGAUAAACACGUUUUAAUUGAUAUCUGUGAAAAGGUCACCGACGUACUGCAGUCAGGCUGUUUCCCACUCCGAAAAUGGGUGUUUAACUUUGACGUUUCGCAAUUUUCCUCGUCAAAAAUUACGUCACGUGAAUUGUGUUUAGGCGAUAACUGUCAAAGUAAAACACUCGGCUUAGGAUGGACUAACAACACUGACGAAUUUCAUUACACGGCAAAAAUACAACAGGAUAAUAAUAACGAACCUAUAACAAAGCGCAAAAUAUUAUCAGUCAUUUCACAAAUGUAUGACCCUCUCGGGCUACUUUCGCCAGCCAUAAUCAUUGCAAAAAUUUUACUCCAAAAACUAUGGCUUUGCCGCUUAGAUUGGGACUCGGAAGUGCCUGAGGAUGUCGCAUCAGCCUGGCGUACAUACAUACUCACACAUACACAACACAUACAUAGCCUCCGCAUUCCUCGUUAUGUAAUGAAUGCGUAUGCGCACUGCACACAGUUGCACUUUUUUUGUGAUGCUAGUCAAGCGGCCUAUGGGGCCUGUGCAUAUGUGCGUACGCUUUCGGGAGAUAAUAAUGAGGUCAUUACAGUGCAUCUGUUGUGUUCUAAGAGUAAAGUCGCUCCCUUGAAAUCCGUCAGUAUCGCGAAACUUGAAUUGCUAGGCGCGCUGUUAGCCGCUAGGUUGUACUCAAAAAUAAUGAAAUCGCUUAAAGUGAAAUUCGAUUCUGUUUAUUUUUGGUGUGAUAGUACAAUCGUUCUUGGGUGGAUCCGAAUGUCACCCCACACGCUUAAAACGUUUGUUCAAAACAGAGUGUCGGAAAUAAACGAGUUAACCGGGAGCGCGCAGUGGUUACAUAGUGAACACAUACGAUUACUGCAUGCUCCACCUAGUCUUCUGCUUGCUACUAUCAAAGACUGCUGGUGGCCUCUCGGAGGCACUAAUUUAGCAAAGCGUGUGGUACGCACCUGUGUAACCUGCAUCCGCAUGAAGGCGAAAACGUUUGCACCUAUUAUGGACCCAAACGACCUUUCCGCAUUAACUCCAGCGCAUUUCCUUAUUGGCCGACCGCUGACAGCGCCGCCCUACAAGGACUUGACGACAGAGACGGGUCGGCUCCCACGCUACAAGAUGCUGGAGAAAAUGCGACAACACUUUUGGCAGCGGUGGUCAAAACAAUAUAUUUCUGAGCUUCAAACCAGAACGAAGUGGCAGACUCACGGCCAGGAUAUCGUUCACAACUCCCUAGUUCUGGUCAAGGAAGAUAAUCUACCACCCCUCAAAUGGCGUUUGGGACGGGUGGUAGCUUUGUUCACAGGAAACGACGGAGUUUCUCGCGUCGCUGACGUAAAAACAGCGAGCGGGGUCAUACGCAGGGCUUUCACUAAGCUUUGCCCUCUCUUGAUGCCGCCAGAGAGUGAAGCUGCGCCAACCCCAUCCACAUCACCACAACCACAUUGA